UAACGUAUCGUGAUAAUGGAUAGUGUUAUGAUUGGAGGUCCUGGUGGGAGGACGUGCUUUUAUAAUCAAACAUUUGCAAACAUCAACAAAGAAUAGCUGUUCAUUCCGUAGACAUACCAUUUGUGGAACAGAAUGCAUCACCUGAUCUGAUAUACUGUGGAAAGUCUUCAAUAAACGGAAUGCAAGUCACGAGAUUUAUUUAGAGUUUAUAAUGGCUGCGAUCGAUAAGGAAGAUCAGGAGAUCACGCUGGAGGGAACAUCACAGAAUGACGCUAAGGAGAAAAAGCCGGAGAAAGUCAGUGAAAAAGAACUAAAGAAAAGAACGCAGUCUAUUGUGGACCCAGCACACGUUGACAUUGCAUUUCCAAUUAAACAGCUGAGAUUUCGACGAGAAAAUAAGUUAAAAGUGCUAAUGGUACUGCUGUUUUUUGUGAUUAUUAGCGGAGUGGUUUGUAUUUACAUAUUUUUUGAACCAGAGAAUUUAUAUUUUGAUAUUGGAGAAACACGAUUUGAAUUACGUAGUCACAGGUUUGUGGUUCAAUACACCAAUCGGACUGUGCUUACAGGCAAUUUAGGACAAAAUAUUCCAAAAGAUGUCAAACCAUUUUAUUGUCGAAACUCAAAAACAGAAAUUUGUCUACGAUGGAUGGAUAUUGGAUCAUUAACUAUUCAACAGAACCUGAUUGGUUCAACAGAAAUUUAUGAGGUGACCUGGGUGGCAUGGAAACAGGGUCUUGAACUCACUGAUUGUUAUUCAUUUGGUGAUUAUUCAUGGUACGGGGGUGCUAUACUACCAGACCAAUCAUGGCCAAUUCAGUACUGGAAUAAAUCACAGUUCAUCCCUUUCAUAACAGCGGCAAGCAGCGGUAAUUAUGGUUAUGGAUCUCUUCAGGAUCGCUAUUGGUUGUCGUCAAGCGGCGUAGCAAUCACCGUUAAUAGAACUACUCCACUAUUUGUUAAUAUUGUUAAUAAUUCACAAAUUUGUUUCAAGUCAGUGUUUUCCAAUCCAUACACUCAGAUGCCAAGUAACCCAUUAGAACUGCAAUACAGUAUUAUUGUUGAUAAAUCUAUUUCAUCUGUUCAAAAAUUUGCUAAAUCUACAAUAUUUCCACAGCCAAAAACAGUGCGGGAAUCCUUGUUCGGUACUGUAAUUUGGAGUUUGGAAGAUUUGAUACAUGGAGAUUGUCUAACACAAAAUGAUGUAUUAAAUUUUGCAGAUGAUAUAGAGUCGCAUGGGUACAAUGCUAAUAUUUUAGAAAUCCCAGAGGGAUUUGCUUCUAAGUACGGAGAUUUUAACUUUGACCCCCAAAGGUUUCCCAAUCCAUCUGAAAUGUUCCAGGUUCUUCAUGAUAAAGGUUGGAAGAUAAUUUUAGUGAUUGGGAUUCUUGUAAACACAAAUUCUGAUGCAUUUAUAGAGGGUGUUUCAAAUGAAUUCUGGGUAAAAGAACCACAAGGAUUGGUACCAGGUCUUGUGCAAUGGGAUUAUGGGAUUGGAGCAUUACUUGAUGUAACAAAUGAUAAUGCUGUAUUGUGGUUUGUCAACAGAUUGAAUAACUUUAGAACAAAUUUCAAUAUUGAUUACUUCUCGUUUAAAUAUGGUCAAGCUAGCUAUCUCCCAUUUGGAUUCAAGACAAAGUUGCCGCUGACGAAUCCUUCGGAUUUCACGCAAAUGUAUGUGGAAUCGAUGCAGCAAGUUGACGGAUCUUUAGCCACUACCUCGAGUUAUCAGAAUCAAGAUUUGGAUCUACAUUUUCAACUUGAGCCAGCAAAUUCUACAUGGCUACCCACAAAUGGAUUAAAGAGUGUUAUCCCAUCUGUUCUUAAUCUGGCUGUUCUUGGCUAUCCAUACUUUAUCCCAAGUUCAAUUGGUGGAUCACAAAAUGUGCAGAAAAAUUGUAGCCAAUCAGACUUGAUGUUUGAUAAUAACACAGAGUUGUAUAUUCGAUGGUUAGGAUUGCAAGCAUUUUUUCCUAUAAUGAAAUUUUCUGUUCCACCCUGGAAAUUAGAUGAUAAUAUAGAUUCUAUUGCCAAAAAAUGGGUUAAAUUUCAUGAAGAUGUUGUGAAAAACAAGUAUAUAGACCAAGUAGGAUCUUCCGAGGAACCUUUAACCUUGAUACAGCCUCUCUGGCUUACUGAAGACUUGAAAGGUAUUGAAUCUGAUGUUAUUGAAACAACAUUUAUGAUUGGGAAUUCCACUGUUGUUGCCCCUAUCUUAAACGCAGGCGAAACAAGCAGAAAGGUUUACCUACCAAAAGGGACAUGGACUUUUUCUUUAGGAAGUGGAUUAAUGCCUGGGGGAAAAAUGAUUACAAUUAGAGAUAUAACUAUUGAUAGUAUUGCCUAUUUUGAACUCACAAGUGACAAUAAAGAUUAAUCCAAAUUUACUUUUCAUAUAAGAUAAAUAUUUUUUAUAUUAUUUGAAAGUUGAACACAAAAAUUUAUUUUGGAGUAGGAAAAAGCACAAACACACAUGUGUAUAUAAUAAUUGAUUAUAAUAUUUGAUUAUUAAAACUUUUUCAUUACAGUUCGCAGAACUGAAUUGAGAAAAAAUUAACAAUAAAGUACAUAGAACAGGAAAUCAUUCUAAAUUCAAACUGCAAUUGUGAUUAUUAAUUAUUUAAUUAUUACAAUUGUUAUUAUAUUCAUUUAUUACAAUAUAAGUAUUACAAUUGUUGUUGUAUUCAUUUAUUACUAUAAAAGUAUAACAAUUAUUACAAAUAAAUACAUACAUAUGUAUAUAUAUAAUUUUUAGUCAGCUAAACAUGCUGCAAAAGUGUAUAAUAGUAAUAAUAGUAUAGCAAAUGUACAAAUAUAUAAGGAAACUAGAAAUUGUAUGAAAAUAUAAAUAUACAAAUGUGUUGUUAUAUCAGUUACUACAAAUAUAAUAUGAAAUGAAAUAUUACACAUAGAAAGAUUUGGUGGUGGUAAGCAUACCAGUUUGCUUAGUGCAAUUUUAAUUUUUCUAGUUCUACUUGCUUUUUUCUUUUCAUUUAAAAAACACAGAGCAUACUUUGGAAUGUUUUUAAUUUGUACCAGAGAAGAAUUAUUUUUCUAUGAUGAUACAAGCAAUAAUCAUUUUAGCUAUUUCUUUACACAUGUCUAAAAGAUUAUUGUAGAUUACUUUUACGGUACAAGUGUUAUGGCAACUGAUUGAGAAUGAGUUUAUGUGAUCAAGUAAGAUUAUCAGAAAUGAAAUUUAGUUCCGGAUUUCUGUUGUCGUUCAAAUUAAAUGCACAUGUAAAAAUGGUGAAGAAAAAAAUGUCAUCCAGAAAUGUGAAAGUAUUAAUCUUGUAUUAAGAUUAUUAUAUAUAUUGCUUUAUAGUGUUGUGGGAAGGAUAUUAAAAUGCGGUAAUGAAUUGAUAAGCUGCCAACAAUGCUAUGAAUAGAAAAACUAUCCCAGAAUGCAUCUUGUUUACUUAUUGGACAGUUAAAGUUUUCAAUCCAAAUGGCAAAGGGCUGACCUUUCACCAUCUGUCAGUAGUAAAACUCUUAUCAACAAAAUGAAGGCAAAUGUACAAAACUAGCUCUUGGUAAAUACAAUUUUUAUGCAAAAAUAUGUGCAAAUGUGAGGGGUGCAUAAUUAUGAAAAAACAUUUUAAUUACAUUAAUUAUGCAUAAUAUAAUGCAAUUAAUAGGUUAUACAAUGAUAUAGAAAUAUAUUUUAUAGAGGUGUUAAUUUUUGUUUUACAGUGUCUGUUGUCUUACAUAAGAAAAUGUGUAUAUAUAAAUAUAUAUAAAACUACAAAAGAUUAAUUGAAAAAGAUAAUUUCUUGAAUCUAUCAGUACCUACAGUAUUUUCCCAGUUUUCCAUUUCUUCAGCAAUAAAAUUAAUUAGUGCACAAUUGAUAAAAAGAAGGAAUCUCUUAUAGUUAAGUAAUAAAUCAUUUUGUAGUUUCAACUGUGCAUGCCUAUGUCAAAGGUAAUGGCAAAUGAAGCAUAUCACAAGAAUGUAUGCAAUCGUGAAGGUUAAAUGGUAAAAUAUUCUGUUUAUGAGUGUAUGUGUUGUGUACAAUUUUUCUUGUUUCCUUAUUUCCUUCAGCAAGUACACUCGCCACUUAAGGAAUGAUAAGUCUCCUAUUGAGGCCUAGGGACUGGUGGUGUUUUAAGUUGUGAGAAACUAUAACAGGAAUUGAACCCAGGACCCUGGGAUAAGAAGGCAAGCAUCUUAACCACUAUGCUACUCAACUCCUCUCAAGUUACGCACAUUACUGUGUUGGCCAAAUGUCAUUCUGCCUAGACUGCCAUCGAUAAUCCACAGACAGCUUAUCAUGUCCUUAAUUACUUGCAGACAUGGAGCGUUUUUUUUAGCUAGCCGAUGCAGUGCGAGUCUGGUUUAAUAGGCUAGAUAUCAUAACGUUCGACAAUCGCAGCUGAAUGUACAAAAGAGUUUAAAUAAACCUGUAAUAUAAAUUAAGAUAUUUUUGAUAUUUUUUUAAGAUAAUUAUAUUUAAUAUGUUAUAGUUGUAUGGAACUUUUUGAUGUGCUGUUUUUGUCUGAUAUACUAUACAGUAAAAGAAUUAAACAUUAUUUGAAGAUUUU